GCCAUUUUUAGUUCACGAUCGAUAUUGUUGCGGCACAGCAGAUACCUCUUUGACCCAAAGUAAAGUCCUGAACAGCAGACUAAGUAAGCACUUGCGGCCAUCUUGUCGGAGUAUUCUCGCAGCAAACUCCACAAUACAGGACAAGCACGUCGGAGGGAAUGACCGCUUUCGUGAGAUUUUGCAACGACUUCAUUCCUUUGAGGACACAUUUGCUGUCUUUAGCUUUAGCUCGCCCUUGCGUUCAAGAUAACACAACACGAGUCCCAGAUGAUUCUGGGAGGUACUAGAUCCACGAUCAAUCAAGCACGUUUCUAACCACAGUAGCGUUGUCAGUGGCUCUAACAAUGGCUAGCACAACUUCCGUACCCGCGACACAAGAGAAGCAGCCCGAGUCAAAUGCUGCAACAAGCCAUGGCCGUCGCGACAUGACGAGAUGGCAAGCAGCUUUGAUCGUUACGGCACUGACAGGUAUCAGCUCAUUGAAUACGCUGGGUUCCGGUAUCCUCACCAUCGCUCUUCCUGCGAUGGCGCAAGACAUAGACCUCGAUGAAGCCCUCCUCCUUUGGCCUCCCAGCGUCUACGCUCUAGCCGCCGGCUGUUCACUUCUCAUUUUCGGUGCGGUUAGCGACGUUCUCGGCCCUCGACCAAUGUGGCUUACUGGUGCUGCGCUGUAUAGUGCAUUUACUCUAGGUGUCGGCCUCUGCAACACAGCAGCCCAGCUCAUCACCUUUCGCACCCUGCUCGGUCUAUCCAUUGCCAUGUGCCUCCCGGCUGCAGUAAGCCUUACUACUCAGAGCUUUCUUCCAGGCCGCUGGAGGAACAUGGCUUUUGCAUGCCAGGGCAUGGGUCAGCCUCUCGGAUACUCACUGGGUCUCAUAUUGGGAGGUGUUUUCACCGAUACCAUUGGCUGGAGGUGGGGCUACUAUAUCUCGCUCAUCAUCAACGUUAUCCUUGUCAUCUGUGCCUACUUUGUGCUGCCAAGCCGAUCGCAUGAGGGCAGCCGCAACACUUUUGCUAGACUGGGACACGAUGUUGAUUGGGUCGGCGCAAUCAUCGUCAGCGCAUCACUUGGCCUGUUGUCCUACGUCCUCUCUGCCAUAAGCAGAGAUUACCACCAGAUCUCCACUUCAUACAACAUUGCCUUACUUGUCCUGGGUGUUCUCCUCCUACCAGCCUUCGUAAUGUGGAUGGAGUAUCGAGAACAUAAGCAUCUACCAGCUCUUGUCCCAAAUAGCAUGUGGAAGAAUGCUGUAUUCUCGACAACAUGCGUAACAGUCUUUGUCACCUGGGCAAUAUUCAAUGCAUUCCAAUAUUAUGGCGCUUUAUACUUCGAACGAGUUGUACAUACAACGGCGCUCCAAGCUUCGAUUCGCUUUCUUCCAAUGGUAUUCGUCGGCGCGGCCACAAACAUCGUUACAGGCUAUCUUGUGGAUAAGGUCGAAGUAGGUCUUAUGGUCAGUAUUACGGCAGCUAUUAACGUCGUACCUCCCCUGCUUAUGGCGCUGAGUACCCCCGAUCGGGGAUAUUGGAGGGGCGAUUUCUUUGCCAUGCUCUUGUCGCCUUUACACCCCGAUGUGCUUUUCACUGUAUCCAACCUCAUUAUAGCGAAGGCCUAUCCUGGCAAAUCUCAGUCCCUCGCUGGAGCCGUGUUCAAUGCUGUUUCACAGAUCGGCAAUUCCGUUGGAUUGGCCGUUACCUCAGCAAUCGCUUCUUCUGUCACACAAUCGAGGAAUAAUGGUGACGAGGGACUGAUGGAUGGCUAUCACGCUGCGUUCUGGACAAUGUUUGCUGCCAUGGUUCUGAUUGUUCCUGGUACAUAUUUCGGCCUGCGCCGGGGCGGUAGGGUUGGGGCAGCAGAUUAAGUGAAUGGUCCGGUGUCUAUAUCCUGACUGAGAGUAGCGUCAAACUGUAAAUGGACACCCAAGUCCUUCGUUCCGCAUGGACAGGUACUCUGUAUUGGCUUUGAAUGUCCAUGAUCUGAAUGGGAAUAGUGUCCAACUGCACAGAGGCCUGUCCUGAAGGCGACAGGGCCGAAGUAAGGUAGCGAACGCUAGACUAAAUCCUAAAUCCUUUUACCGGUCUUGGAAAC